UCCAACCCUUGGUUCACAACCGUUGAACAAACAAAGCAAUGCAUUAGUAUUAUAGAGAAUAGUGUAAUAUUGAAUAGGAGUACCAGUCCUGACAUAACCCACAAUCAAACCCCCGAAUCACUGUUUGGUCACUCAUUUGAAUUGAAACUCCAUUUUUCGCAAUCAUUGAAAAUGUUUUACAAAUAGUUUUAAUAAAUGCUUUCAAUUAUUUUUGUUUAGUGUAAUGUUUGGGACCAAAUAAAAGUGAUAAUAAAUAGAUGAAAAUGUAUGGAUUUGAUGGUUGCGGUCGCGAUGAUCAUCGACUCAAUGAUCGUAAACACAGUUAACCACAAGUGGUUUUCAUUUAGUUUUUGGUUAAAACAAUUAAAGUUAUAAUUGAAACGAUAAAUAUCAAGCAAAUAUGAAACUUAGAUUUGUUUUUCAACCUUUUUUAUUAUUGUUAAUAACAAUAGAAAAUAUACAAUCAUUUAGAUCUGCACCUGAUCCGUCCCGUGAUUUACCAGUGCGACCACAUAUAGAUCAGCCGCCUAUUGAUAGCAAAGUUAUUCUCAGUUCAACAGCUGAACUCCAAUGCAAAGUAAGACACGACCCGUCGAUUCCCAUUAAAAUUCUGUGGACUUUUAAUGGACGGAAUGCUACCGCAAGUUCUCGUGUAAAAGUCAUGUCCGACGGAACACUUAGAAUUGAACAGGCUCGAAAUACUGAUGUUGGGCUUUACACGUGUCGGGUAGAGUCGGAUGUUGGGGCUGAAGAGCGCAGUGCUCGGCUCGAUGUUAUUGAAUUACCACAUCUGCCAACUAAUGUGAGGGCAGAGCUCAACAUUAAUGGUGGUCUCGUGAAUGUGAGUUGGAGUCCACCUUUUGAUGGCAACAGUCCUAUUAUCAAAUAUGUGGUUCAAAUGAGGACAUUGAGUCAAACAAAUGGUGAUAAUGACAGCGCUGACGAUGAUUUUAUGUAUGGAGUGCACAGUUGGACCACAGCAUCGGUCAACAUAUCUGCUUCACAAAACUUUAUACUUCUUACUAAUCUGAGACCAGCCAUGACUUAUCAAUUCCGUGUCAGUGCUGUUAAUAAUGUUGGCGAAGGGCAACCAAGUGCUGCCACUUCACCAUCAAUAACACUUCCCGCACAGCCUCCCAGUGCCAGUCCUAUUGGUGUUGUUGGUGCGCCUCGUUCUUCGACAGCUAUUAUGAUUCAAUGGCAACCACCACCUUCUGAAUCACUUAAUGGACAGUUAAUGGGAUUUAUUGUUAGAUAUAAGUUGGCCGGUUAUGCUGAGCACACCCAAUGGUAUCAACAUAAUGUAACUAAUUCUGCCCAACUCCAGUAUCUAUUGGAUGAUCUAAUUGUUUGGCAAAAUUAUCAAAUUCAAAUUGCAGCCUAUAAUGAAAUGGGAGUCGGGGUUUAUAGUCAAAGUAUAUUUGUUCGAACCAAAGAGGGCCGACCAGCCAGUCUAGUAAGACAACUGUCCGCUGUUGCCAUUAACUCAACUUCUAUUCGUAUUGAAUGGAAUUCACCCGAUCCUCAGCUUAUUAAUGGUAUUAAUCAGGGAUAUAAACUUCAAGCGUGGAAAUCAAACGAUACGUCCAUACCAUAUACAGAACUAUACAAAGAGUCAUUACAACCACCCUCUCCUUUCCCUGAAAGAGCACAAAUGGCUUUAAUGGAUGGUCUCGAACCUUAUACAACUUAUUACAUAACAGUGCUCUGUUUUACAAGUGCAGGCGAUGGUCCCCGAACUGACCAUCCAAUUGUUGUUACGACACUUCAAGAUUUACCUGAAAAAGUGUCACAAUUUAAGUUUAGAGAUAUACUGGAUAAAAGUGUUCACGUGUUGUGGUCACCACCUAAUCGUAUUAAUGGGAAAUUACUUGGAUAUACAUUAAGACAUUAUGCCGUCGGUGCUAAUGACGGUCAAAAGAUACAAACAAAUCUGACGGAUGAUCAAAACGAUAUAAUUAUAUCAAACCUAAAGCCUCAAACUGCCUAUACAUUUGAGAUAAAUGCGUGGACUCAAGUAGGUUCCGGACCUGUUGAGAGUUCAACAAUUCAAAGCAGUGUACCUCCAGUGUUGCCUCAGCCACCAACCCAUUUGGCCAUCUCUAAUAUCGGUGCCUUUUCUGUUGUUCUUCAAUUUACUCCUGGUUUUAAUGGAAACGCCUCCAUAAAUAAGUGGAUCGUUGAAAGUCAAUUGUUUAGACUUAGAAACGCCAAUUGGUCUGUUAUUUACGAGUCGACAAAUCACACACAACCCGAUGCAAUAACUGUUUAUAAUUUAAGACCAUAUACUGAAUAUCGGUUGAGAUUAAUACCAGUUAAUGUUGUGGGAAGAAGUUUAAGACCCAGUGAAUUGUCGCCACCAUUUCAAACACUACAAGCCUUGCCUGCAGGACCUCCUAUGAAUGUAACACUUAGAUCAAUAUCUCCGACUGCAUUACGAGUGCGAUGGACACCAUUGCCUCCAGAAUCAUGGUAUGGACAUCCAAGAGGUUAUAACAUUACUUGGAUGCAAAUCAAUGAUGACGAAGGCAUUUCUUCUACUCUUCAUUCAUUUAUUGCCGACGAUUAUCACUCGCAUUCAUAUCUUAUAACAUCUCUCGAUGAGUACACUCGUUAUGGUGUUCAGGUCUAUGCGCUUAAUGAUGUCGGAUCUUCAACUGGCAGUCGUCUUAUAGUUCAGCGUACAAGUGAGGCAACACCCAGUGCUGGUCCCGAUUCUGUCAAAGUUAAUGCUACCUCUUCUACAACUAUUGUUGUCGAAUGGGGAGAAGUAGCCAAUGACGACAUGAAUGGUAUAAUUCAAGGAUUUAAAGUUAAAUACAUGUCAUCAAAACAAAUCGAUGGCACGCAAUAUAAAAUAAUUGAGAGCAAUCAAACCCGAACCACUACUUUAACCGAACUUAAGAAAUAUACCACAUAUAGGAUAAGUGUUUGUGCCUAUACUCAUGCCGGUGAUGGUGUUUAUAGUACCUCAACAACAGUUCAUACAUUCCAAGAUGUUCCGGGGCCACCAUCUAAUGUCACAUUUCCUGAUGUCACUCAAACUACAGCCAGAAUUCAAUGGGACAUACCUUUAGAACCAAAUGGAGAGAUAUUAGCUUAUAGGAUAUCAUACAAAAUGAGUGAUGAAGACAUUAGACGAUCCAUAUUUAAAGAGUUUGCAUCAAUUGAUCGCACGCAUAGAUUUCUAGACCUGAGACCUGAAACAUACUAUAUCUUUGACGUGACCGCCAAAACUAGUGAAGGUUGGGGUAAAGCCGCCAAAUUGCUCGUCUAUACGACUAACUCAAGAGAAUUGCCUUCACCACCUUCUCAGCCAUUGAUUAGCACUUCACAGAUUAGUUCCCGUCAAGUGACUAUUAGCUGGACUCCUGGUCGUGAUGGUUACGCACCAUUGCGCUUCUAUACGGCACAAAUCUCAUCUCAAGGAGGACACUGGUGGACAUAUCCCACCAAAAUUGAUCCAACACUUAGAGUCUACACAAUUACUAAUUUAAAACCAUUUACGACAUAUCAGUUUAGAAUUAAAGCAACGAAUGAUAUCGGCGACAGUGGUUGGAGUCUUGAGUCGCCGAUCACACGAACACUUCCAGCACAACCUGAUAAGACACCUCUUAAUGUUAUUGUCUCUCCCUAUACAACCACAUCUGUUGCUGUCAAAUGGUCAGAAAUUCCCGACUGGAAUGGAGACGAAAGUGGUGCCGGUUAUAAAGUGCAUUAUUGUAUUAUAUCACAACAGGGCGUCUCAUCUAACUGUCCCUCAAGUUUGGUUAGGGGUAAAAAUGUGACGUCUUUUUCAAUUGAAAAUUUAGAGCGCGACCAACACUACGAAAUUAAAGUGAUUGCUUAUAAUAGUCAGGGCGACGGACCAUCCAGUAAACCAAAAGUAGUUUAUGUUGGAGAAGCUGUUCCAACUGGAGAACCAUUGAAUAUAACAACAACAGCGUUGUCAUCAACUGAAGUAAAAGUGACGUGGAGUGCUCCCGACAAAAACAAACAAAAUGGUCUAAUUAUGGGAUAUAAAAUAUUUUAUUGGCAGCUAAUUGAUUAUCAAUAUAAAAAUUAUGAUUUGGGAUCUCAUCGACACAUAUAUCAAGAACAGCCGCGAGAAAUGAUGGAAAUAGUUCCCGACACUACUGAGUCGUUUAUUCUUUUGGAUCUAAAUAAAUGGUCAAAUUAUAGCAUACAAUUGUCCGCUUUUAAUCCAGCGGGAGAUGGACCGCGUUCUCGUGCUAUUGUUAUUGAAACUAAAGAAGACAUUCCCGGAGAAGUGGGAACACUUGUCUUUUCUGAGAUUACUAUGUCUCAGGUAAAGGUCUCAUGGAAACCACCCAUUGAACCAAAUGGUAUACUUCUGGGCUAUUAUAUCACAUAUGAGACACUUAUUAACGAUUUCAGUAAACAAGUUAAACAAAAGAUUAAUGACAGCUAUUUAGUGGUUAAUGGACUGCGAGAGCGAGUUAUGUAUACGUUUAGAAUUAGAGCUGAAACAUCUGCUGGUGCCGGACCAGAAACCAUUGGAAACGUAACAACUGGUCCACAACCGGGAUCACCACCACCACCAACUCAUGUGAUAUCAACACAAACAUUGAUAUCCGUUAAAUUAAAGUGGAAGAAUCCCGACUAUAGACAUAUAACGGGAUAUUUAAUUGAAGCAAAUAAUUUGAAUGUAAAGGGAGCUAUUGAAUGGCAACCGAUCGCACAAAUAAAGAAUGGACAUCAAGAAAGAUUUGAAAUCAGUUUCACUCAUUUGGCGCCUUCAUCUCAAUAUACGUUUCGUGUUAUGUCAAUGAAUGAUUACGGCAUUAGUGAACCCGCUUAUCCCGAUAAAGUUAUCGGUGCCGUUGUUAUACAGACACCAUCUCAUUUGGAACUGAGGGCUCGUAUGCCUUAUUAUCGUGAAAGUUGGUUUGUUAUACUAUGCGCCUGUCUUAGUGUUGUCAUAACUAUUAUGGUAGUGGCAGUACUUUGUGUUAAAAAUAAAGCUAAUAAAUAUAAACAAGAAAUGAUUAAGGGAUCACAGGAUAGACUUUCAGAAGUAGGCUUUGGUUUGGAUGACAAUAUGGAUACACAUUAUCCUUCUGGGUUUGAAAUGAGACAACAAAAUUAUACACUAACACAUCAAAGGCGAAGUAAUGGAACAUUAAAUACAGUGACCAGUAUAGCAGCUACAAAGUCACCCCCUCGACCAUCUCCCGGUUCCAUCACUUAUUCUGAUGAAGAAGACGACGAUGAUAUCAAAGGAGCCGGAAUUUAUGAGAGUAGCGGUGAGAGUCUUACCGAAAAACCCAGUGAAAUGAGUAGUUCGGGUCCAGAGUCGGAGUCAGAUCACGAAGACAUGAGUGCUGCCAAUCAUUUUGUUAACCAUUACGCCAAUGUUAACGACACACUCAGGAAAGGACAGCCAUCAUGGAAACGAAAUGCUAAACAAUAUGUAGUGCCAACACAACAUAGACUUUCUAUGCCUACUCGUGAUCCACCAGCACCUCCUGCUCCCCCACCACCGAGCUAUUUAGCUGCCAUUGCUAUUAAUGCAUCAGAAGAUAGUGAAUUGGACUGUCCUUCUGUUAAUCUAAAUGGUGGUCGAAUUAUAGUGAAUAAUAUGGCCGGAAGUCGAGCACCACUUCCAGGCUUCUCAUCAUUUGUAUAAAAAUCUCAAUUCAAUC